AUGAAGCACGGGAUGUCGCAAAUCAAGAAGCUCUUCAAAGAUUUGAACGCCGAAAUGAUACAUGAGUUUUCUGUGAGCUACCCAGAUGACAUUCCAAUAUCAUAGUUUUACCAUUCAGAGUACAUACUGGACGUUGGUACCCUCUCAAAGAUCGGAGAGAUGGAGCUCAUCAUUCCGGACCACACACACAUCACGGAAUCCAAUCACCAAAUGGCUCCACCUUGAGUAGGGAUGCAGAAGCAUCGUAACCGGCCUCGGCGAGAAAUAUGGCCAGUGGUACGGAAUCGUGUGCCAGGCAUACGGAUCGUCCGGGGUGCUGGAGGAUAUCCGUCAUUGGGUGGCACACAGAAUUCCAUCGGAUGCGUUGAAGGACUACGAGACAGACUAGCAAAUCUGGGCAAUCCACGAAAACGUAAGAAAAGCAAUAUUGUUUUUAACCAAAUAGCGUUUGCUUUUCAGAAAAUUGUUGCGCUGUCGCCGUUUGUCACGUUAUCUGGAGGUCAGAGUAAAGACCAAUUGGUGAGAACCGGCUAAUGCUCUAAGAAUCUAUCAAUCGGUUUUCAGUAUAGCUCUCUUGGCUUAUGGCUUCUGCACUUGGUUCCACCUCGACAUGAAAAAUGUCACCGCCAAGACGGAAGGCACAGCACAGAAACGUCAAUUUUUCCGAAGAUUGGAAGGCUGAUCCUUUCCUGAUAUGUACCGAUUUGUCAAGCUGUUCUAACUGUAUGUACAAUGUCGGACCCUAUUUUGCUCGUUGACUAGCGCACUCGUGGACGGGGAAUGUGUCAGUCACGUCCCUCUUGCCAACACAACCCGGUUUUCUGUUUUAUCGGCACACUUCACUUGUUUAGAACGGUGCUGCCCCGAAUCGGAACUUCCCGAAUCAGAACUGGUACGAAUCAGAACCAAUUAGCACUGAAAAUAGUUCUGAUUCUCACCAAUUCUUAUUCGGGAAGUUCCGAUUCGGGGCAGCACCUUUAGAACAACUUCUGUCUGUUUCCGAUUUCAUUCUCUCAGUUUUUGUUCUGCAAUCCGUUCUGCUUCUCAAACUUAAAACAUAAAUUGAUUUUUGCAGAUUCUUGAGAUGAGAGAAUUGACGGACGAACGUCUCAAACCACAACAACCUUCGCCACCGCGGGAAUACCUCCAUUGCUGGAAUCGAGAGGACAACGUUCACCUCUUCCGCGGCUACAACUUUUCUUUGGACAUGUUCAGCCAAUACAUACACGUCGAUUUUAAAUUCAUCGCACGGAGAGUCGAUAACAGCCUCCAGCCGCCGUUGGGAGCUCCCUGCAAUAAUGACGAGACGAAAGGCGACAUUUGGCAGUUCGGAACGUGUCUGACGGGUGUGUGCGUUGGCCAAUGCACUCUAAAAUCCGGCUGAAAUUGACAAAAUCACUCUUGUGCUCGAAUUUUGUAGUUUGAGCGCUCCUUAUUUCUCUUUACAUCUCUUGUUUUCCCGUAAGCAAUACCCAAUAAAUGUUUUCGAAAAUAAAUAUAGUGGACGAGCGAGCAACCAGCUCUCCACGGCCACGGGCGCUGUGUACUACACGAGGAGAAAACGUUUUUUGGAAAAGAAAUGGGAAAAACGAGAGAACUAACUGGUUUCAGAAGGAAAUAAGAGAUAAUUGUGAGAAAAAUUCGAGUAAGCUGAUAUUAUCCGUCUUCAAGUACAAAAUGAAUGUAAAAAUUUUCAGAGACACACCUCGAUGCGACCGAGCAGUGUCUCAACCCACGGAACUGUCUAAGACGAAUAUCAGUCGUUCUAUUCUAAUUCAUUCCGACUUCGCUCAUUUACAGACUCCCCAUGCCUCUCCAGACGUUCAAUACCGUUGCCAAUUGCCUCCGUCGACUAAUUUCACUUUCUCCGUCUACACUUCCGGCACUUCAUCAGUUUCAAGUCCUGGACAUUUUAAAAAUUGGAAUGUAGCUCGAUGAAUGUUUAUCCGAAGAGGACAUGAACAACGUGUCGUUUUUUCUACGACAAGUCGGUGAUUCGGUGAUUUAUUUUUCAUUUUACGCCUAAUUUUGUGCAUUUUUCAGAGAGGAGAAGAGCUGAUAAUACAGAAUUUCAAAUUUACGCCCUGGAUGAGAACAGUCAAAAGGUCAGCGUUUGCCGAGAUAGGAAUAGAGAAACGAGCUUAGAAGAGCAAGAAGAAUUGCUGGAAGUGAUAGUUCGGUCGAGCAGUCGGAUUGUGUGAGAGAAGGAGCUGUUCACUGCCUCAUCCACGACGGAAGCAAGUGCAUCAAGGCGCACCGCUGCAUUCUCGGACAGAAUUCGCCCGUUUUCAAGAGCAUGUUCUAGCCGCCGAGCAUCAUUGAGGCGCGACGCGGAGAGAUUCACAUCGAGGACGCCAAGUACGUUGAGCUCAUGUAGACGGGAGCCACGGAGCAGCUCGAGUCGCAGGGAAAUAUCGAUGAGAUUCUCGCUGCCGGUAAGUGAAUUUUCAGAAACUGUUCAAGAAUUGUAGAUUUCCAGCUGACAAUACGAAGUUCCGCUGCUGAAGGACCAAUGCAAACGCCUGAUUGCCCAGACGACCAGUCUGAAGAGCGUGACCUCGAUCGCCAUGUUCUUCGAUACCUACACUGCCCACUACCUCAAAUCGGCCUGACCGGCCACCAUCGCGCCGUCAUCAAAUGUGCGGAAUGGAGUGUUCUGAAGAAGUCGCGACACGAACUGGCGAACGAGCUGCUCGAGGUGGUGCUCGCGAGGAAUCCCGCCAAUAAUGUGAAAAACAGAUUCUGCUGCCAAUUUCCGGAAAAUCAUUUGCUUCACCAACCGCCCUCAGCAGCUAGCACACCUCAUGGAAAACUGCCGGGGUGGAUUGCAUCUUUGCGGCCAGAUCCAUGCUCCGUCAUCGAUCGAUGGAGUCAUCACGACCGCAGCCACCACCUCGACCACCACAUGGACCGUCGCCACUCUCGAGUGUUUCUUCUCGUCGUCAGCAAACCCACGAGCACGCUCUUCACUGACGGUUCUCCGUCUCUGUCCUCCGAGCAACAACCAAAAAGAUGGCGAACAAGGCAAACGAUCUGACUCUUGCCGAGCACUGCCAUCACAUCUCGAUCCGUUCCUGUCAGUUUGCGAAGCUGACUGCAUCGGCUUUCGAGCACCUCUAUCGUGUGGGAAUCGUUCAUUCAAAAACAACAACCUUCAAUAGGUGCUUUUUUUCUAAACACAACCCAUCUUUUCCAUCAGACUCUGAUAUUUAGGCUACGUCACAUCCACCAUCAACGUCGCCGUCAUCCACCAAAGUCUGCAACCGCCGGAGGGAGCUCUCUGCAAGAAUGACGAGGCGAAAGGCGAUAUUUGGCAGUUCGGAACGUGUGUGACGGGUGUGUGCUUUCUCGGAACCACAUGGCAGACGAAGAGCAGAUCCCGACGUCUGAACCUGACGAAUUGUGAGUUGACUAGUAUCUCUAAAAGUGAACAACGAUAGGAAAACAUCGACUGCGUUUUAACACCAAAAAGUUGACCACUGCACUCUAAAAUCCGGCUAAAAUUUACAAAAUCACUCUUGUGCUUGAUUUGUUUGUUCAAUUGGUCCAUAUUUCUCUUCAUAUCUCUUGUUUUCCCGUAAGAAAGACCAAAAAAAUCUUUUCGAAAAUAAAUAUGGUGGACGAGCGAGCAACCAGCUCUCCACGGCCAUGGGCGCUGUGUACUACACGAGGACAAAACGUUUUUUGGAAAAAAAUGGGAAACACGGGAGAACUAACUGGUUUCAGAAGGAAAUAAGAGAUAAUUGUGAGAAAAAUUCGAGUAAGCUGAUAUUAUUCGUCUUCAAGAACAAAAUGAACGUAAAAUUUUUCAGGGACACACCACGAUGCGACCGAGCAGUGUCAGUUGCGUGGAAUUGAAGGAAGAAAGAGCAGUCGAUUGCAAAUGCAUCUCAGGAAGAAAACAGCAAUAACUGGAGACGUUCGCGUGGCUGAAUCGACAUUCGGAGAGGAAGGGACAAAAGACUGA